AUGCUGGACGAGGCAGUGAACUACAUCUCAUCUCAUCAGCUCCCAUCCCCAGUCGCGUCCCUUGUCCCCUCUGCCCUAAACAGCGAGCGACUAGACAACCUGAAGGAAACCCUGCCCAUCUGGAACCCGCGCAUGGACACGGCGACGAUGCUGGACGAAGCCGUAAACUACAUCUCAUCAACUCCAAUUCCUUGUCCCUCCCACUCCCCUCCCUCCAGCGAGAGAUUGGACAACCUGAAAGAAACGCUCCCCAUCUGGAACCCGCGCAUGGACACGGCGACGAUGCUGGACGAAGCCGUAAACUACAUCUCAUCAACUCCAAUUCCUUGUCCCUCCCACUCCCCUCCCUCCAGCGAGAGAUUGGACAACCUGAAAGAAACGCUCCCCAUCUGGAACCCGCGCAUGGACACGUCGACGAUGCUGGACGAAGCCGUAAACUACAUCUCAUCAACUCCAAUUCCUUGUCCCUCCCACUCCCCUCCCUCCAGCGAGAGAUUGGACAACCUGAAAGAAACGCUCCCCAUCUGGAACCCGCGCAUGGACACGGCGACGAUGCUGGACGAGGCGGUGAACUACAUCGGGCUGCUCAAGCGCGAGGUGCGGCGCCUGCACGUGGAGUGCGACGAGCUCGGCAAGGGGCUGCCCCCGGGGGCCAAGAGGCCGCGCGUGACCAUCGACGAUGACAUGGAGACCCAAGUCACGUGGGAGGAUGGGUAG